UUGUUCUGAAAAUUUUAGCUGAUAAUCAAUCACAUAGUCCUUGUUCUCUCUUCUGGUGUUUGGUGUUUGAAGACUUGUUUGAUCACUCAUUCACUCCAAACAUGAAUUCGUCUGAGGCUGCAUCUGAUCAAAACAAUUGUGGCAUUUGCAGUAGUAGCCUGACAACAGAGCAAGGCCAAGCCAUCUUCACUGCUGAGUGCUCACACUGUUUCCACUACCCUUGUAUAGCCAACAAUGUCCAGCAUGGAAAUCUUUACUGCCCCAUCUGCCGAGCAAAGUGGAAUAAGGAUAAUGUGCCUUUCCAAGUUUCUCCUCCACAAAACAAUAACUCAGCUGCGAUCCCUCCUCACAUCCCAUUCCCAUCGCAGCAGCAAACCCGUUGGUAUCAGUACCCAUCCAUGCAGGAACCCGAGUACCCUCCUGAGCCACCUACCUUCUCUGACGAUGAACCUCUCCAAUCGUCAACCUCACCUAUUCAAUCCCUUGUCCCCCGGAAAAUAACACUUAAGACUCAUACAGAGUCCUCUGCUAUCUCUGCGGCAGAAUCAAGCCCAAAUUUUCCUGUCCUUGUCAGUAUUCGUGCACCACACCUUAAUGAUUCUGAAGGCCAUGGUCGUACGCCCAUUGACCUCGUAACAGUUUUAGACGUAAGUGGCAGCAUGCGAGGCACAAAGAUUUCCCUUCUCAAGCAAGCUGUCACAUUUGUCAUAGAAAACUUGGGGCCUUCGGAUAGACUUUCUAUUGUUUCGUUCUCAUCAAGUUCUAGAAGAGUCUUUCCUCUCCAGAGAAUGUCCGUUGAUGGUCGUGAAAGUGCCAUCCUAGCCAUUGAGUCUCUUAGAGCAGGUGGUGCAACUAACAUUGCAGAAGGACUGAAGAAAGGAACUAAGGUCCUUGAAGAUCGAAGGGAAAGAAACCCAGUUUCCAGCAUCAUCCUCUUAUCUGAUGGCAAAGAUACAUACAAUACAACUGCAAACCGACUGUUGAACCAGUUGCCUGAUUCGAUUCGUUCUAGCAACACGCAACAGGAAACCCCAGUCCACACAUUUGGAUUUGGCUACGAUCAUGAUCCCAGCAUUAUGCAUGCUAUAUCUGAUGUGUCAGGUGGCACCUUUUCGUUCAUUGAAUCAGUUGAAAUGAUACAAGACUCCUUUGCUCUGUGUAUUGGGGGUCUUCUCAGUGUUGUGGCUCAGGAAGUUCGCCUAACAGUAAGGUCAGCAUCACCUGGGGUGAAGAUUUUAGCAAUACCAUCAGGGAGACAUGUGAAUGAGAUUUCUACUGAGGGUCAGCAAGGUGUUGUUCAUGUUGGAAAUAUGUAUGCUGAAGAGGAAAAACAAUUUCUGGUCUACCUAACAGUUCCAGAAUCGUCAGCUCCGCAGGCGCAUACUAAGACGUCAUUGUUAGAGGUGUUAUGCAUGUACAAAUAUCUAGCUUCAAAUGAGUUGAUGGAGGUGCAAGGUGAGAAAAUAGAGAUACUGAGGCCUGAGGUUUGUUCCCCUGCUGAAAAGACAGUUUCUUUGGAGGUUGAUCGGCAGCGGAACAGAAUAUUGGUGGCUGAAGCUAUAGCUGAGGCACAAAGGUUGGCUGAGAUUGGAAAUCUGGAGGGUGCACAGGCUCUUUUGGCUCAACGGAAAGAAAUUCUCUCAACAUCAACAGCAGCCCAAGCAGGGGAUUUUCACAGUAAUUUGUUUGAAACUGAGCUUAGAGAAAUGAUGGAUAGAAUGGCAAGUAUGAAGUUGUAUAAACGAACCGGGCGUGCUUACGCUCUCUCAGGACUCAGUUCCCAUAAGUUGCAAAGGGCCACAGCUAGGAAGUGUCGCAGGGUUUCCCAUAGUGGGGGCUUUGAAGGUCGCAAGGCUUCCGGUGCUUCAUCAGGUGCUACUCCAGGUGAAUCGCCUGCCGCCGUUGGUGCUUUUGAAACACCUGCUAUGGUCAGAAUGGUAGAAAAAUCACAGAAGAGGAAUCAACCUGCGCCAGACCAAGUCUAAAUCCACUCCAUUCUGGCACUAGUAAUAAUCAGAGAUAGCCUUCAGCCUGCUUGUUCUAUUUUGGUCUGGUAUG